UGGAUUUUUAUCAGUUGUUCGUUCCCGAGCCAAUGCUCCCCGACUUGUUCUUUUUCCCCCUGCUGCAUUGUUGUACGCUGGUGCAGAAGUCGUGGAUGUGUUGAAGAAAGGUUUGGUUUAGAUCAUGACCUCAUUUCUUUGUUCUCGUUUUUACCCACCUCAUUCGUGAUAUUGAUUGGUUGAAACUUGACUCCGCGCGACAACUGUGGCAGUGGCACGGCCAUUAGCCCACUGGGGGCCGCUGCGUUCUUAAUGACCACAUAAAAAUUGCUCCUUAACUAAUUGCUUGAUUGACUUUCUUCUCUACUUAUACUCUGGCUAUCCCCUUUAAACAAGCAGUAUUUGUAUUCGAGAAAGAUGGGACGUGAGGUAGUAACUUCCGGUGCUGGGGUUCAGGAGACACCCCUUCUGGAUUCCGCCGCUGUGGUUUUAGAGGACGUCGCUGCGGAUGGUGGGGAGGAAGAAGAAGCCGCACCCUUAACGAGGCUUAGUGCUAUGCUAGAUCGGAUACGAUUACAACAAGCAAACGAUGGGUGCAGUUCUUCCAGUAGCCAUAUUAGAGGGGCUCCUGACCAAAAUGGAGCAGGAGGUAGCGGGGUUCCGCCUGACGGUGGAAGCGAUGGAGUCGAGCAGCUUACUGAGGGACGUGACACCACUAUCGGAAAACGAGCGUCGCAGACACCACGAACCGAGUAUGGGAGAAACGGGAAGACCAAGUUGCAAGUGCGACGGAGCUGGGCAGACGUUCCCAAUAUUCUCCUGAGACACAGCGACGGAUCCGCACCGCAAGACCCUCACUUGCCCUCACUUGCCCGAAUCCCGAGUGGCGAAGAUGAGGCGCUUGAGGGAGCUAUCGACGAGGACGACGAGGGAUCACCGCGUUCCCCAAGAAGUGGUCAAGAAGGUGCGGUAGGCAAAGAUGGCACAGGAGAUAGCACGACCAAAGAGGAUCUUAAGACACAAAAUACUGUCACCAGCAGUGGUGAGGGCGUUGCUGGAGGUGAAGGAAAACAAGUGGCAGUAGUAGAUGGCGUUGGCGAAGGUGCUCCACGGCGCACUAGUGUGAAUAAGAAAACGGGAGAAGCAAGUACGACAUCAACAAUAGCUAGUCCUCGGCAACCGAAAACUGCGAAUAGAGGAGUGACACCAAAGAAGAAUAACCAAAAUCGAGGAUGCAUGACGGCAAUUAACCCUCUGGCUCCACCAGCAAUAACUUUUCGACCGCCAAGCAGAGUGCACGGCUCAGCACAGGUUCUUCUCAUGGUCUUGAUGUUCGUUUUGUGAUUUCGAUUUUAUUCAAGAUUUGUACAGGAACAGCAGUGGCUCUGGUAAUUUUGUGAACUACUAUAGAGUUUCAUCGUCAACAACUACAACUGUAGCAUUAAGGUUUUUGCUUGUUGCUCAUUUCGUACUAGAACAGGGUAGCCUAGAAUUCAUUUUGGAUCGUUGCAGGGUACGGCUACGGGUAGGACUAGGAUAAGAAAGUAACCAACAGGAAGAGAUGUAACCUCCAAGGAUGAUAAUUACAACUCAAGUAGCUCAUAAUCAAGAUCAUCUACCUGUUCUUCAAAAUCUAGGUAGUCAGUACGUACUUCUGUUCUUCCAAUGAUCUACAACAGGCUCGCAAGCUGACUUUAGCCUCCCACCGUGGCAUGGGUUUGAAACUUGCGCCCGAGAGGACCGAGUCCAUGGCGGCGAUUUUCGGAGAAGAUAAUUUGGGUCCGACAGCGUCGCCGAGUGGUGUGCCGAGGGAGCGCUUCCUAGAGUUCUGCAAUGCAGCCGAUGCGUGCUCUGUGUACUUCGACGGCCAGUACAUACGUUUAGCGGACCAGCCAACGCUAGCGUUGGAAGUGCGGAUGUAUCGGACGUGGUCAGAAUUCGAACUAGAGGAGGGGUGCGCUCGAGCGGAAGGCAGGAGUGCGCGACCAUUCUACCGAGACCCACAGAAAUACAAAUUCGGAACCGAAAUACAGGUACUUGCAACUACUGUUGAAGAUAAUCAUGAGAAUAAACAAGAUGAAGUGCUGAUUUUGAUUUAUUUUCUGUUUGCAACUGCAACUUCUCUUAUAGUUGUGUACUAGCGCUAGUAACAUUAGUUUGCAACUUCUCCUAUAUUAGUACUGCUAGUAACUAAGAGUAGCCCUAUGCCUCAGCCUCUGCUCCUCAGGCUCUAAUUCUCAUUUAACACUCUUGUCUAAUUUUUCUACUAAGUAGCCCUGGAGGUGUUAUCAAUAUCAAUUAUGUUUAACUUUAACAUCUCCUCCAGGUUUUUUACCAUCACCGGAACGCGAACCAAAAAUUUGCGUUAAACGCUGACGGAACGUUAAGCCCAGUGUUGAGGCCUGACCUUUGCAUUGGUACUUUCCGCAGUGCAACCGACACCUACGAUUUGGAUUUCGAGACGGAGGAUCACAGUCUCACCAGUCCGCGAGCACGCGACACACCUAGAGACGGCCAAGGAAGCGAGUUGUCUAACAGAGGUAAGAACGAUGGUGGGAAAGGAAAGGCUCCUGGAGGGACGAAUGCAGCUGGUGGCGCGAACAUCAAGGAUAUGACGAGGAACAAUGCGAAGGUUUUGAGAAAGAGCACGCAAAGCUUUGAGAUACAGAGCAAUGCCGGAGACCAGAUGCGCAGGGAGCAAAGGGACAGUCUGAACAUGCUGAGCAACUUGACGCACGAAGAGGUGCAUGCCCACACGCGACAAGACAUGGGCUUUUUGCAGCGCGCGUCCAUCAUUCGCAAUCGCGAAUACAGUAGUGCAAACAAGCUGUUUCUAGUGAGGACGCGGUCUCCUUUGGAGCGGCGCGAGGAGGAGGACUCGUUUACCCGACUCCACUUUUUGGACGUCCUAGAUAUGCCCGCGACAGGCCUUAGAGAGGUCGCCCCAGAGGCUGCCGCAACGACUAAGGUGCAACUCUUCACGGCACAAGGCGUUCCACUCGUAAUCAUGCAGAAGGUGCUCGGGGACAUGGUACAACCUUUGAUUUUUGGAGAGCUGCUUUCAAUAUAAAAAUUGACAUCAUCAUUGUCAGCCUUCGCCUACUGUAAAGAAAGUAAAAAUAUUAACUACUACAAAGUAAAAAUUGGACAUCGGUUUUGUUGUUAGUUCUAUGUAUACUUACUAUAGCUUUAUUUGUUCUUCAUGUUCAGAUAAAAACUCAACCUCUCUAAUAUCUUUAUCUUCGUGUUUCAUCUAGAAGUACUUCUUGUACUUGUUUCUGUUUGCUUGCGAAGAUCAAGAUUCACGACAUCAUCUUCAACACGACAUCUUCUACCAGGUGUACAUGGGUAAGUCCUUAAGAGACGUGCGAAAUGUGGAGAUGGUGGAGAUGCUUGACUCUCUUGCAAUAAGGCGAGCUAAAACGAACUACGGAUGGAUGUCACCGCCAGAACUGUCAUUCCGCAGCGGACGCGAAAACAGCAACAGAAGCGGGAAUCACAAAAAAGACUUUUAUGGUGGAAAGUGAAUAAAGUGUGAAACUAUUCAAUAAUUGAAUGAUUGCUAGAAGAAUUAUAUUGUUAUUGAGUAAUUUUAUGGUGGGAAUAAAGUGUGAAACUAUUGAUGCUAGAAGAAUAUUGAAUAGUUUCUAGAAGUUGUAGUUGAACUAGUUCCGCCGGUUGUUCUUCAUGAUCAUAGUUGAAGUAGUUCUUCGUAGUUGAAAAGACAUCAUUUCAGUGUGAGACAGCGAAUCCCAUCAUGUUGUGGCUCGAGUAGUAAAGGUGCCUGAGAACAACAAGUUCUUGAUAGAUGUAGUUAUAACAACAUAUAACUUGUUAUGAAAAAGUACAAGUAGCUUGUCCUUGUUAGUGGCAUUGGGGCUCGUUGUGCAGGAUCUGUAACCUAACCUAACCUUAGUACCCGUUCUAAGAACAUUUAGACGAUGAAGAGUUGGACUGCCUGGAGACGGCGUCGUCAUCAAGUUGGGACUUCGCGCAGAACCUGUUUGCUAAGGGCGGCGACUACGAUCCUCGCCAGGAGCUCGCGCGGGAGUACAAGUUCAGCGACAGCGAGAUGCUGGAGGCUUUGGGCCGCAAGCGCACGUUCGGACCGGGUGGGGCGCGGGCUAUGUUCCACCGCUCGCAACGCGCUGAAGACAGGCUGAAGAAUCUGGCGAAGCACCGCAACGAGUCCCACGGCCACAACACCAACGCGCUGCGAGAAGUGGUGUUCGGGACUGCGCCAGAGAAAGGUGGAGACUCAGGCGCCGCGGAUCAUCACCACUUCUUGCCAGCAACGACGUCAACACGGAGCGCAUUGAACGACAGCGGGGAGACGGGAGUAGAUAUUCGCAAAAUGAGCACUCCUGGAGGCGCAGGCGCUGGUGUCAACUGGUUCAGCAACUCUAGAGGGGGCGCUCGAGGUGAUUCAUCUACAGGCGCUGCAGGAGCUGCAGCAGGAAAAAACAAGAAGCUCCAAUUAUCCACAGUCGCGACUCGUGUUUCGCGUACUAUGGUGAUGCCACUUGCGCGCAUGAUGGCAGCUCUAGGCGCUUCCGUAGAUGAGGAGGAGGACGCAGAUUCAACAAGCGGAGAGCAGAACGGCGGUAGUCGUCAAAUGGCUCCCUUCGAGGAAUUCCUCUUCAUCAUGCCGCCAGACCACACAGAAUUCUACUUUGCUGGUCUGGACUACGUGUCGCAAAUAGACACGGUCACGCUAAAAGACAUGGAAAUGACGCGUUUCGAGUCGUUGAUGCGCAGGUACGACUUGAACUUUAUGGAAACUCUGCAAUUGGCCGAAAAUCCGUGGAGGUAUAUCCUGGGAGAUCUGUCGCCUGUGGCAAGUGGUGGAAACACCAACAUGCUAGUAACCGGAGCAGCGGGAGGCGAUAACACAACCACGCCCCGCAGCCCAGGGGCAAGUGGCAGAGGACUUCUUGGCCCAGGAGACGCGCUGCUGCCACGCAUUCCCGAGGACGGCGCAACAGCAGGCGCUGAUGUAGCGCCUCAGGAGUACCUAGCUAUUAUACCUGGUGGCGGUUCUGGCACUUUUAGUAGAGGCAAUAGUGGUGCUGGUAACGUGGCAACGCGGGAAGACAGUACCCGAAGCUUAGCGUCCUCUGCUGGAGGUCGAAGCGUUGGGUCUGGUGGGUCGGUUCUCUUAAGGGAAGCGAUGAAGGAAUCUGACUGGUAUUUAGCUGCUCAGUGGCACACCGACUCCAAAUCCGGGAAGGUCAUUCAGAAUCGCUUUUGGAAGCCUUUAGAAGUCUACUUUAGCGCCAAGAGGCGGACAUUGCGCUUAGCGAGUGCGCCUGCCAUGGCGGUCGACUGCGAGGACUCGCUGGCCGCUCUAGCGCAUUGCGCAGUGCCGAUAGGCUGCAAGUACUGUAGCGGCUCGGAGAAGAGCCAGCGCUUCGUGGUCAACAUGGACGGCACCAUUUCGCCGCUGAGGCGCCGAGACCUAGUCUGGGGGUUUUCUCGCACAGGCAAGAUCAUCCUGGUGCCCGCUCUAGACGUAGAACGCAGGCUCCACAUCCAACUUCCAGACUCCAUCCCGGUCGACGAAACGAUUGGACUGCAGGUACUAUGAUCUAAGGGAACUUUGACUUUCUACCCAACAUAUUGAACGCCAGAAUUCAUAGAGGUAAGUAGAACAAGUUAGUCAUAUUAAAAUUCUUUUCUUGCUCAUCUUCUUUGACGAAGGAAAACUUUACGGGUGCCAUCAUCUUGUGCAACUUCAUCAGAAGCGAUCUAAAUCCUCCUCUCCACAGGGCCCCGAGCGUAUUUUCCCUUUUGAGCUUGCUUCCCACAAGGGCUGGGGGAUCACGUUGAAGCAAGGCAUGGGCGGCAAGGUCUUGGGCAAUGCGGACCAGAGCUUCAGUGUCAAACCUGUGCCGACGCAGAGUCCAGAGGGCGUCUUAGACAUUUUCUUCGAUGGUCCUUACAUCAGGCUCGUGAGCAAUCCGCACGCGGCUCUGUGCUAUAGGGGCAGCGACCACGAUAUAGAAUUUUCCGCGAUUUCCAACUACAUGGACCACGAUUUAGUCAAACGCUACCGUUGGACUCUGCAUCCAAACUUUGUGAUCACCCCAGAAGCACAUCCAGGGAACUGCCUAGGCGUAGCCAUAAACAUGCGAAGGAUGCUCCUGCUAGGUAGUAUGCAGCUACGCUUGCAUUUCAUAAUUGCUCUUUAUUUCGUAAGUUGUUGUACGCCUUCAUGUUGAUCGGAUGUAGGAGAUUCCAUUUAUGAUAAAACCAUUUCAUCUUAGAUCACAGUUUCCAAUCAUCACUGUUUCCAAAAUCAUCACUGUAAUAAAUUAUCUAUCACUGUUUCGACAACAGACACCGAGAUGUUGUCGUUUGAGCACUACGCCAAGGGCAAGCACCCUUUGCUUCUUCGUGUCCGUGGGCAGAAUUUUGAGUACGUCCAGUGGGAGGUAGAGAGCACAAUGCUUCAUGCGCAGCGACGCGUAGAGCAUAGGAACCCUUCUUGCCUGGUUCGCGGUAUCGAUGUUCGCGUCUUGCUUUUCUCGCAAGACUGGACUAAACGGGUCACACUGAAUCAAUUUGGGGAGCUGGUUAUCCAGCCGCGAGAAGUGGAGGACAAGUUGGAACCGAGCGGAAAGGGCUUCUUCUGGCAGGCUGGUCGCAUCCACGGCGUCGCAAACUUGCAGGAAGUUUGGUCUGCAGAGAGUAAAGACGGAAUGGCACUGCGCGCGGGUGAUAAAAUCGUCCUAGAGAGGGAGGAAGCCACGGAAUCCUUCCGAAACGGAAAAUGCUGGGACUUGCUGUACGAUGCUGAUGCCGCGGCCAGCAGUAGUACUGCGAAGAAAGAACUUACUGGACGAGCCGCGCUUGCGGUGAAAAAUAACACGGAGCCAGGUACGCAAGUGCAAGCGAUCGGGGAUAAGGACAGGGAACGACCGUUUCAAAGAUGGAAGUUGAAUGACGAUUGCACCGUGUCCCCAGAAAGCUAUCCGAAAUUGGCGAUAGGUAAGUUCUUUUACUGUCUCUUUUAGUCCUCGUUGAACAACAACCUGUUGUACCUGGUAUAGCUGGAGCAAGAAGCACAACUACUUACUUUCUCCUCUCAAGACGAUAAAAAACAUGCAUUUGAACUAGCAGCAACACAAUUAUAAUCACGAUCUAUUUCUAUAUAGAUUCUGACGAAUAUCGUCAUCAACAUCUUCUUUCUUUUCAAGGUUACGACAAGCAUGGUUUUUGCCUUCUCGUGGAGCACGACAAGGCGGCGAAGCCACACGAUAGCAAGAGCGUUCAAGCUCCACAUGGUACUGUCUUACGAUUUCGGGUGGAGAUUUUGGACGUCGAUAGUUUGGCACAGGGCUCUGAACAGAGCAUCUUGCAGCAGCUCAUAGACGAAGAAGAAAAAGCGGAAGAGGCCUUGCAGCAACGAGUGAAUCAGGAUGUAGAGGAUUUCUUACCUCUCUCAUCCCAGGUGGAAGAGCAAGACCAAGUAGAGCGAUUAAUCGAAGGAGAGGAGGAUGAAGCUGUAGCUGCUGAAGAAGACGUCUCAAACUCAAAGGAAGUUGUACCAGAUUGCCCUGAUGAGUCCUCGGGUGCUGCUUACAUUCCUACUGCAGAACAUCAUCCAGAGGUGCCAGGUGAAGAUGAGGGCGUGGCAGGACCAGGAGGAGCGUCGACACAACUGCGGACUCGCGGUGUCGCCGCAUUAGGAGGCCGUCAGGCAGCAGCGGCAGCGUCCAAGAAGAAAAAGGAUGCACAGGCAGUCGCUAAAAAUGGUGGUCGUGGAACUUCUCCACAGAUGAACAAAAAUACUGGGGAAGAUGGAGCAAAUGGGACGAGUGCCAAACAGAGAAGAAAAUCACAGGCGCAGAAAGGAGAAACAGCGACUUCGAGAUUCAAAAGUGCUUUCCGACGACAACUUGUUGCGCUUACAGGUGGUAACAUGAAAGCGAAGUUGAAGCGAACCCUUAGCAGAACUCUCUUCCGAUGCAACCUCAACAGUCAGUUCGAUGCGCAAGCCUUUAUGGCCGCUCUUUCGACCACUGAAGAGGGCUCCGACUUCGUCAUGACUACCGAAGAAGGUGCAGCAGAAGAUGGCGCCGCGACAGCGACUGCGACAACGACAGGCGAAAACAACAAGGUGGAUGGUACAAGAACAGUGACAACGGGAAGCGAAGACCAACCGCCAGCCCUGAAGAAAAACGCCUCCUUCGCCACACAGUUGAGCAGACAAGGAACGACACCCAUGCUAGAACGGGGAAAUACCAAAACAAUCACCACGGGCGACGUUAUUGAAGACCAUGGGAAGAACACCAUGAAAUUCUUCGAUAACGCCCAAAAAUUGACGAGCGCAGGAGAAAGAAUCGUACGCAUGCAACACGCUGUAAAAAUGAUACAGCAAGCAAAAAUGACGAAGGGAGACGAACCCCUCGUCAAUGAUGUUUGAUUUUGAUAAUUGUGCUGCUUUUUGUUGAUGUUGUUCUACUUCUUUUUUAAUAAUCUCCGACAAUCUUUUUCGUUUUACUUUUAUUAACUACUCCAUCUACUCUCCAUAGGCAUAGCCAACCUUGAAUUUCACUACUAUGUGAUCACAGACAUCACAUGGUUGUAAUAAGAGAGAGAAUUCGAAUUGGCAUAAAAAUGUACAGUAAUGCUGCAGGAUUUGGAGCUAGAUGUAAAGGAUGUCGAAAAGUAUGCUGCCAUCAUGAAGCAGAAUGUGGACGAGAACAAGUACACUCCACUCUCCACGCCGUGCGCGGUUAGCAUUUGUCCGUUCGAGAGGGUGGCGUAUGCGAAGGCGAUCGGCCCGAUGGUCGCGUACAACAACAUCAUGAUGACAGCAAUGGCGAUCGAGGGCGAGCUGCCGAACCCGCGCAGUCUCAUGGCGCGGGCUCAAGAGAAGAAGCGCGGCAAGGCGGAUAACGGUCCGGUGAUCCAAGAUCAUAUCUCGUUCUUCUCCUCGUCCUCCCCAUCCAGCCCGUCGUCCUCGACAACCUCGGCUGCGUUGGGCAGAGGACGCAAUUGAAACCAGAGAAGUGGUAAGUAACCAUGUACAUGUCGAGUAAAAUCGAGACACAAGCCGCGAGAGUACAAGUUCUGGUGGUUCCUGAGAAGAAGAGGAGAAGCACUGAAGAAUUAGGCAUGCAGAGGAGAUAUAUGGAAGGAGCGUGGAUACAGUAGAGAAGAGGAGCGAGGAGAAGCUGCAUAAGCACGGGUCAGGUCCUCGUCGGCAUUUUGCAGAGCGAUGUUGAGCUUCCAAAUCUCGGAACUUUCGAAACAAGACAUCGUCUAAGGAGAUAAUCGUUGUGUCAUAUCAAAGAAGUCUACCUUGAGCAACAUUGAGCGGUAGCUCGUCGUGAUGGGAGCAGAACGCGUCAUAAAGUGUGCAAGCGACGAAC